CAAAGCCUCUCUCUGCACCCAGUUGCAGCUCAACGUGGACUGUUACUUCUCUCCCUCUUUUCCUCAUUCAUUUCAACUUUCAUUCCAAGAUUAACGCUGCUGCUGUUUUUGCUGCUUUCUGACUGAAAAUUUGGCACACCGAUACCAGGAGCUUCCUUUUGGCUGGGGUGGGGGAAUAGAGGGAUAAAUCAAGAUCAAGGUGACCCACCCCCCAGAGAAAAGCAGGACGUCUGGAAGACUGUGAAGAAGACUUAGCAGGUCUUGUCAGAACUUAUCCUGUCUUCCUGAACUGCCGGAGACACAACUACAAGACUUCUAGCAUUCAGUUGGGCAUAUGGGACUUACCUUCUCGAAGCACUGAUUAGCGAAAGGAAAAGCAUGACCACUUUACUACUAGCAUUUGUGUGUUUGCGUGUCAUUGCUGCAGCCACCUCUGUGGAAGUUUUAGUAGACCACAGCGCCACACUCAGUGUGAGCAUACCUUUACGUUCUCCCCUGCGUGUUCCCUUGGGAAGAACGUUGACCAUUCCCUGCUACUUUAUCGACACUUUGGGGCCAAUCACCACAGCUCCCAACACCCCACCAGUGUCCCCAAGAAUCAAAUGGAGCAAACUAUCAGAAGACAAAGAAGUUAUCCUUCUAGUGGCCAUGGAUGGGCAGGUACGGAUCAACACUGCCUACCAAGAAUCUAUCUCUCUACCCAAUUAUCCUUCCAUACCAACUGAUGCUACUUUGGAAAUCAAGACACUCCGGUCCAAUGAUACUGGGAUCUACCGCUGUGAAGUAAUUCAUGGUAUCGAGGACAGCCAGGACAUGGUGGAGGUGAAAGUUAAAGGGAUCGUGUUCCAUUACAGAGCCAUCUCUACCCGCUACACUUUAAACUUUGAGAAGGCAAAGCAGGCAUGCAUCCAGAACAGUGCCGUCAUUGCAACUCCCGAGCAACUCCAGGCUGCGUACGAUGAUGGCUUUGACCAGUGCGAUGCUGGUUGGUUGUCUGAUCAAACAGUCAGGUACCCAAUGCACCAUCCUCGAGAAGGUUGUUAUGGUGACAAGGAUGGAUUUCCUGGAGUGAGAACAUAUGGUAUUCGAGAUACAGAUGAGACAUAUGAUGUCUAUUGUUAUGCAGAGGAAAUGGAAGGCAAAGUCUUCUAUGCCACCUCCGCUGAGAAGUUCACCUUCUCAGAAGCAGCAGAGAAAUGCCAUAGUCUUGGUGGACGUUUGGCAACAACAGGAGAAUUGUAUCUAGCCUGGAAGGAUGGGAUGGAUGUCUGCAGUGCUGGCUGGCUGGCAGACCGCAGUGUCCGUUAUCCCAUCAACAAACCAAGUCCCAUCUGUGGUGGCAACCUGGUGGGAGUACGCACGGUGUAUCUUUAUGUCAACCAGACAGGGUAUCCUUACCCUCAUUCGCACUAUGAUGCCAUUUGCUACACCGGUGUUGACUUUCAUGUCAUCCAUGAGAAUGUCACAGAUGACUCUGUCGAUGAGCUGGGCAGUGGCUUCACCAUCCAGACGUUCACGGAGUCAGAUUUUGAGCUGGAACUUCCACGCAAUGCAACCGAAGAAGAGGCUCGAGGAAGCAUUGCAACUUUGGAACCUAUAGACCUGACCACCACCAUCUUGGAGGUGGAUGAAGGCAUUACAGAAGCUCCAGGUCUCUUUCCAACAGGUUUCACCGAUGAGACAGAGAACAGGACUGAGAUCGGGAUCUGGGAGGAGCUAGAAAAUGAUACUGCCUCAACCCUGGAUGCACUCUUCCCCACGGCUAUCCCAGAAACGUCAGAGGAAUAUAGUUCAUGGUCCACUGCCACAACAGAAUCCGAAUCAGCCUCACCGUUGACGGUAGAAGAGCAGAUUGUGCCAGGGACAGCUGCUCCUGCUGUGGAUCAAGUCCCUCAGAAACCCGCUUCUCCCACAGGUGUCGUUUUUCAUUACCGGCCAUCCACCAACAGAUAUUCCCUGACUUUUGUUGAAGCUCAGCAAGCUUGCCUAGAUAAUCAUGCUGCUAUUGCUACUCCAGAGCAACUACAGGCUGCCUAUGAAGAAGGGUAUGAGCAGUGUGAUGCUGGCUGGCUAAGUGACCAGACAGUCAGGUAUCCCAUUGUUGUUCCACGCAGUAAAUGUGCAGGAGACAAGCAGAACUUCCCUGGAGUGCGAUCCUAUGGUAUGCGCCCAGCAUCAGAAAAGUUUGAUGCCUACUGUUACAUUGAAAGACUGAAAGGUGAGGUCUUCUUUGCAACUCAGACAGCACAAUUCACUUUCCUGGAAGCCCAAAGAUAUUGUGAGAGUCAAAACGCAACCAUAGCUUCCACUGGACAACUCUACGCUGCCUGGAGGUUGGGCCAAGAUAUCUGCCAGGCCGGCUGGUUGGCUGAUGGCAGCCUCCGAUAUCCCAUCGUUAAUCCCCGCCCUACCUGCGGUGGAGACAAGCCUGGUGUGAGAACGAUUUACUUGUACUCCAAUCAGACAGGAUUCCCUGACCCCCAAUCCAGGCAUCAUGUCUUUUGCUUCAAAGCAACACCAUCUUUGUAUGAGGAAAUAGAAGAAGACUUCAUUACAGUUCAGAUGAUCCCCGGUGUAGAAGAAGUUCCUUCUGGGGAAGAAACAACUGUGGGAAUGGAAUUUGCCACUGAUUCUGAUAAUCAAACUGAGUGGGGAACAGAAGUAUUUCCAACUGACACAUCACUGUUAUCUGUGAGUCCACCAGUUGCGGGUCCAUCAACUGUUCUUCCCAUUGAUGCAAUACCUGAGGGAACAAGUGCAGAAGCUCCAGUCACAGAAAUAUCUGCUUCUGGCUGGACUUCUGGAGCUCCAGAGAUAACUGGAACCGUCGAGCCUAGUGAAAAACCUUCAGGAUUUGGAGAAUUUCCCUCUGGGGUCCCUGAAACGAGUGGGCUGCCUUCUGCAGAGAGUGGGCUACCCUCAGGAGACAUAAGUGGCUUGUCUUCUGGCGUUAUUGAAGUCAGCACCUUACCUUCUGGAGAAGAAGAACUAUCAGGGAUUAGUUCAGGAACCCAAGAAGAAAUACCUGGGCACCAGGAAGGCAAAAGUCCCCCAGAAUUUAGUGGGUUGCCUUCUGGAUUUAGUGGAGACCAUUCUGGUCCUGACCUCAAUGGAUCACCAUCUGGAGAGUAUGAUUAUAGUGGUCUCACAUCUGGAUUUCCUACCGUGUCUCUGGUGAAUGCCACUUUGACAGAAGUUGUGACCACAGCAACAGAAAGGGAAAUGGAAGGGAAAGGGACAGUUGGAGUCAGUGGAGAUGGAGAUGUAUCAGGCUUCCCCUCUGCCGAUUGGGAUAGGAGUGGCACAACCAGUGGAUUGCCUUCUGGAGUUGAUGCCUAUGGAACCGGUGACCUCAGUGGGUUUUCUUCUGGAAUUGAUAGCAGUGGAGAACUAUCUAGCACACCUGAUACCAGUGAAUUACCACCAGGACUUGAUGUUAGUGGACAGUCAUCUGGCCUAUUAGACAUCAGUGGAUUGUCCUCAGGAAUGGAUGUCAGUGGAACAUCUGUUGGGCCACCUGAUCUAAGUGGCUAUGUGGACUUAAGUGGCCAACCUUCAGCUACUGAUGGGAGUGGUGAACCUUCAGGGGUUACCUUCAUUGAUGUUAAAUUGUUUGAAGUGACAACUCCUUCAUCUAAAGAAGAAGAAGGGAAAGGAUUUGUAGAAAUAAGUGGAUUACCUUCAGGAGAUGAAGAUCUAUCAGGCACAACACCAGGAAUUUUAGAUGUGAGUGGCCAGCCUUCUUCUGGACAAGUAGACUUCAGUGGGUGGGCUUCAGGAGUUACUGAAGUCAGUGGACUUCCAAGUGGACAAACAGACAUUAGUGGAGAAAGCUCUGGUGUUGAUCUUGUCAGUGGCAUUUCAUCCGGAACAUAUGAUUAUAGUGGUCUCACAUCAGGGUUUCCUACAGUUUCCCUUGUGGAUACAACUUUGGUGGAAGUAAUAACACAGCCUUCUGUUGCGCAAGAAUUAGGAGAAGGGACAUCUGGGAUAUUAGAAAUAAGUGGGCUUCCUUCAGGACAGGAACAAACAUCAGGAGCAUCUUAUGAUGUGACAACAUCUAGUGGAGUAUCAUCUGAGAAAGUUGACUUCAGCGAGACCUCCUCAGGCAUUCCAUAUUUUGGUAGAGAAACUGAUGAUAUAAGUGGUGCAUCUUCAACCACAGCCAGUGCUAGUGGUGAUGUCUCUGGAAUCUCAGAAAUUGUCUUAGUAACUGAUUCCAUAGAAACAGUGACAAGCCCAACAGUUUUACAGCAAGUGAUUGGAGGAACAGAGGCAACAUAUUUCCAUUUUCCUGAAUCCAGUGGAGAAGCCAUUGAUGCAGAAAUUUCUACAUAUCCUGAAAGUACCAUAUCUUCCCCAGAAUAUCCUGAAAUCAGUAGUAAGGCAUCCACAUUUCAUGAAACUAGUGUAGGAACCCCUUUUAUUAAUGAAACAAGUGAUGAAACAUCAGUCUCAACAAGAAGCCACCUAGAAACUUCAACCCAUUAUGAACCAGGUGGAGAAACAUCUUCAUCAUCUGAAAACUACUCAGAAACAUCUGGGGUACCAUUCACCAGUGGCUUUCCCUCUGGGACUUUUGAUGAAAGGAAUCAGUUUAAUGGAGAUAGUUCAGGUCCAGCACCUUGGACAGUGUCAGAUACACCAGAGAAAGUCUUUUCGCCAGAUGUCUUACUUAGUACCAGCAGUCCAGAUGUUGAAUUAACUGAACACUCGAGGCAUCCAGCAGAGACUCAGGCUGAAACAGAGGCCAGUGCAUAUCCAACACCAGAGUUGGAAACAGGAGAUGUUGCUGCUCCAGGGAGUCCACUACCAUCACCAACAGCUACCGAUCUCCUCCCAUCAGAGAGGACUGAUUGGAUACAGCUUAUUACACAAGCUACACCUAAGAGUUGUGAGGAGAAGCUAUGUGGAACUGGGACCUGCCACGAACAAGAAGGAAACAUCACCUGUUUAUGCCCACCUGGAUUUAUGGGUGAUUACUGUGAGAUAGACAUUGAUGAGUGCCACUCCAGUCCCUGUCUGAAUGGAGCUACUUGUGUCGAUGGCAGCCACGCUUUCACAUGCUUAUGCCUUCCCAGCUACGGAGGGAACCGUUGUGACGUUGAUCUGGCAGAAUGUGAAACAGGCUGGACCAAAUUUCAAGGUAACUGCUACAAGCAUUUUGAAGAGAAACUCACCUGGAUGGAGGCAGAGAAACUGUGCCGAAAACAGCAAUCCCACCUGAGCAGUAUCAUCACACCUGAAGAGCAAGAAUUUGUGAACAACAAUGCACAGAACUACCAGUGGAUUGGAUUAAGUGACCGAGCAGUGGAAGAUGACUUUCGCUGGUCUGAUGGACAUUCUCUUCAAUAUGAGAACUGGCGACCUAACCAACCCGAUAACUUUUUUGCCAAAGACGAAGACUGUGUAGUAACGAUCUGGCAUGAGAAGGGUGAAUGGAAUGAUGUCCCUUGCAAUUACCACCUGCCCUUCACUUGCAAAAAAGGAACAGUUUCCUGUGGAGACCCUCCCGCAGUUGAGAAUGCUAGGCACUUUGGCAAAAAGAAAGACCGCUAUGAGAUCAAUGCUCUGGUGCGCUACCAGUGCAAUCAGGGUUACAUACAGCGGCAUGUGCCCAUCAUCCGAUGCCAAUCAAAUGGGCAAUGGGAAGAGCCUCGGAUAGCCUGCAUAGACCCCUCCACCUAUAAACGUAGACUACACAAGAGAAGUUCACGGUCCCGAUCAAGGACCAAUGGAAAGAUGACGGCAUGAUCCACUGUUUCAAGAAAGCAAUCGGGGAGCAGAGAGACAGAUCGAAAAAAGAGAGAGAAUUUAUGGAACAGUUAUAUUAACAAAAUUGAUAUAUUUUUCAUUGUUGUUGCUUUUAAGGGGGGGAAGUCUCAUUAUAUAAGGAACGAUGUGUCUAUAUAUAAAGAAAAAGAACAAAAAAAGGGGGGGAGAGAGGAAAAAACCCUUUGCAAAAUAGGAAGCAAACAUGAU